AUGGAUAAAGGACUAAUAUCUGGCUUAAAUCUUACUGAUUACCGCAAGGCUUUUGACUUGAUUGGCCAAGCCACACUGUUAAAGAAACUCUCCAUCUAUGGAGUCUCGGGUAGAUCACUCCAAUGGUUCAACUGAUAUCUUAACGACCGUAAGCAGAAGGUCAUGAUACAAAGACGACUAUCGUCUCCUCAAUCUAUUACGGCUGGGGUGCCUCAAGGCUCAAUCCUCGGUCCCCUAUUAUUUAUACUUUUCGUCAAGGGGGGACCUGCCACUGGACGUUUCCAAAAGUACUGUCAAAAUUUACGCUGAUGAUACAACACAAGUUGCAUUUGGACGUACUGUUGAAGGGGUAGAGACCAUCUUCACUCGUGAACUGAGGCUUCUAAGCAGACGAGCCGAUGAAAACAACAUGGUUUUAAACCACAGCAAGACAAAGUCAAUAAUUGUCUGCACCAAGCCGAAGUUUCGAGGCUUGGACGGUGAAAAUCUUAAAACGAUAAAAGCCAACAUGAUUCUGUAG